AUGGACAAGAUCAAAAUCUCAAAGGUCGAGAAUGUGACGCUUCACAAGAAGAAUGUCCAGGUCAUAGGCACCCUCCAUAUCUCCACCCACCACUUGAUCUUCGAGCAUCGUCCAGAUGCGUCCGCCAACUCCCAAGCCCCGGCCAAAUCGCAAGGCCGCGUCAAAGAGAUGUGGAUCACAUACCCCAUGAUCGCGUCCUGCGUCUAUAGACCCAUGCCCGCCGUCCUCCGACAAGACCAUGCCAUUCGCAUACGCUGUAGAGACUUUACCUUUGUCGCCUUCCAUUUCUCCCAAGAAACUCAGGCCCGCAGCGUCUACGACAGCAUCAAGGCCUUGACCUGUGGGCUCGGUUCUUUCAGCAAGCUGUACGCUUUCACCUAUGAUCCUCCUCCAACUGAGAAGAACAUCAAUGGUUGGCAAAUCUACGAUGCUCGCAAGGAGUUCAAGCGCAUGGGCAUCUCUCCCAAGGGUGCCGACCGAGGCUGGCGCUUGACUGAUAUCAACCGUGACUACGAAGUACGCGGCCAACCCUUUUACUUUGCCGUUUCAUCUACUGAUACCCUACAGUAUUCGCCCACUUACCCUUCGCUAUUGGUUGUUCCGUCUUCAGUGUCCGACAACGUCCUCAAACAUGGAAGGGAAUACCGUUCGCGCUACCGUAUACCUGCUUUAACCUACUUGCACCCUGUCAACAACUGCUCCAUCACGCGAAGCUCACAACCAAAGUGUGGCAUUUUUCAGAAAGAGAGAAACCCCCAGGAUGAACGACUGGUCGCUGCCAUCUUCUCCACUUCAAGACCUAUGGCUGGCGCCGGCAUGCCCAUCCUCGACGAUGACGGCCAACAAUUUGAUCCGGACAUGCAGGAAAGCCCAGAUCCUCCACGGGUCAAGCCCCAGGCCAGUGCAGAUAAUGUUGCCAAUCAGCCCACCGACAAGAUCUAUGGAGCUCAGCAAAGAAACUUCAUUGUGGAUGCCCGCCCACAGGUCAACGCUGUUGCCAACCAAGCUACGGGAAUGGGCUCAGAAAACAUGGAAUUUUACAAAGACGCGACCAAGGAGUAUCUUGGUAUCGCCAAUAUCCAUGUCAUGAGAGACUCUCUCAACAAAGUGGUCGAGGCUUUUGCCCACACCGACUACACCGAAUUUGGCCCAAACGAAGAUCUCCUCGCCAAGAGCAAGUGGCUCGAUUACAUCUCCCUAGUCUUGCGCGGCUCCAGUCUAGUAGCUCGGCAGGUGGGCAUCAACCAUUCCCACGUCCUCAUUCACUGCUCGGAUGGCUGGGACCGCACCAGUCAGAUCAGCGCUCUGAGCCAGCUUUGCUUGGAUCCAUAUUACCGCACCCUUGAAGGCUUUAUCGUCUUGGUGGAGAAGGACUGGGUGUCUUUCGGACACAUGUUCCGUCACCGAUCAGGUUUUUUGAGCAGUGAGAAGUGGUUCGAGAUUGAAAAUGAGCGUGUCGGAGGCAAUCGCAAGGCUGAUAAUCCCACUGCAAACAGCGGCAAUGGUAACGCCUUUGGUAACGCGUUUUCCACCGCUAGAGGUUUCUUCACCAAGAAGAAUGACAGUAGGGAGUCUUUCGAUGUAAACGAUGCUGGUGAUGGUACAUCUGUUCCAGCUCCAACUUCAAAAGCUGCCAAACACGCUACCACCAACGUCAAGGAAACGAGUCCGAUCUUCCAUCAGUUCUUGGAUGCAACUUAUCAAAUGCUUCGACAAUAUCCUACCAGGUUCGAGUUCAACGAACGAUUCCUGCGCCGCUUAUUCUACCAGCUGUACUCAUGCCAGUAUGGCACUUUCCUUUGGGACAGCGAGCGCGAUAGAGUUGAGGACAAAGCUUACGAGAGGACGAGAAGCGUAUGGGAUUACUUCCUCUCUCGUCGAGACAUGUUCAUCAACGAACAGUACGAUCCCACCAUUGACGACAAUACCUCUGGAAGGGAGCGCAUCAUUCUUCCUGACACCACCCAAGUCAAGUGGUGGCACGAAUUGUUUGGCCGUACAGACACUGAGAUGAAUGGGACCGCCUACGCACCCACUGCCAGCCUGCCGAAAGAACCGAGAGAUCCGAUCGUGACAGGUAUAGAGAACUCGGAGAUUUCUAUAGGGUCUGCUGCAAAUGGUGGCAGUCUUUCUGGCCAGACCGCAAGCGCUUUUACUAAUGGCGCCGCACGUCUGACUGCUGGAUUGGGCAACCUAAGUUUGGGAAGGAACAGCGCAAGCGCACCCAGCAGCCGGCCUCAAUCUCCACCGACCAACGAAUUCCCGCCUGCGCAUAACAUCGACGAGAAGACAAAACCGGCGGCAUCCAACGAGUCAGACACAACUACAACCGGUCGACUCUCAUUUUCAGCGUUUGCACGAGACAAUGCUUUUAGGGACAACUAG